CCACAAACCAACACUGGUACUAAAAUACUUUUAUGUUAUAGGAAGAGAGAAAGAAUGGGGGUUUUGGCUCUAGUUUUGUUCGCCUUGGCUGAUAUUACUCUACUCAUCAGCCGAAGCCUCUUCAAUGAGAUGCUCAAGCUUCGCAACGAUGCUGCCUGCCCUGCCAAGGGGUUCUACACUUAUGAUGCUUUCAUUGUUGCUGCCAACUCUUCUUGGCGCUUUUGGUGGGUGGGCUACCGCCUUGGAUGGUCCAUAUGCAUGGGGCUAUUGCUUAGUUUGAGAGCAAGCAAUUACAACUACGGUCCAGCAGAAAGAGCCAUAACCCACAACUUGCUUAAUGACCCAGAUGCUGUGGCAAGAGACGCUGACAUUUCUUUCAAGACAGCUCUUUGGUUUUGGAUGACUCCACAGUCUCCCAAACCUUCAAGUUACGAUGUAAUCACUAGAAAAUGGAGGCCAUCUGCGCAGACAUGGCAACUGGUCAAGUGCCUGGGUACGAGGUCAUUACCAACAUAAUCAACAGUGGCAUUGAGUGUGGCAAAGGUUCAAACAAGCAGGUUGUUGACCAGAUUGGGUACUAUAAGAGAUACUUUGAUUUACUGAAAGUUGGUUAUGGCAACAAUCUUGACCGU